UGCCGCGAACUCGCCGCAAACGAAUGUUAAAUAUCAGAGAAGAAGACGAAGAAGCGACGCCUGAUACCCAGCGAGGAUUAACUCUCUAUACUUAACCAUGACGUCACGCGUGAAAGAUUGCAUCUCUGACAAUCAGUUCGAAUUAACUAUAGAAGUUCCCUUUCCUUCACAAAAGGAACUAUCCAUCGCACUCCAGUCCUUGUCCCCUGAUAUGGAACCAGGGAAAGGCGGUACCAUAAAAACUGUGAAUGCUACAGCCAAUGCACUGUCUGUAAAAUGGAAUGCUGUUGAAGCUCGCAGUCUUCGCGUGUCAGUAGGCUCCUUUUUAGACCACUUAGCGCUUGUGAUGGAAACUAUGGAAGCAUUUGGACAACCAGCUCUGUAGUGAAACCUUUGGAACAUGCUGACAAGAUACACCCAGUUCUACACUUAAUUAUCUUUUAAUUAACAUAUAUUGUAGAAGAUUAAUUAACAUAUAUUGUAGAAAUAUUGCAUCCUGUAUAGAUGUUUAUGUAAUAAAAAAACAGUGUCAACUUGUGGACAAAAAAUAUAUUUUUUUAAAUCUGUGGAUGCACUCUACAAUCCAAUUUGGGAUCUAUGAUUAACUACUAGACAAUGUAUUGAGAAUUUAUCCCAGCAGGUUAUGAUUUAAUAUGCAGUAGGCAAACAGAAUAAGUAUAUAUUCAUACUUUAAAAAGUGACUAGUCUGUGGGAUGACAGAACUAUCCAGCAUUUGGUGACAUUAAGCAUUGUGAGAAUUAUAGAUUUUAGAUUAAGUACUAAAUAGUAUUAUAUCUAGAUUUGAAUUAGUAAGUGACAAUGUGACAGAUGAUAAUUCAUUUUUUUAUGCACCCUCACAAACAGCCAUGAUUUCAGUAACAACAGCAAGAGAUGAUAAAUAUAAGGAAUAUCUUGUAUAGUCUGUAACUAUGACCAAUUCAGUUGAUUGGCUUAAAUAGUUUCACUUAUCCCAAUGUUGAGGAAAAACAUUUUCAAAAAAAGUUUCCAUCAUUAAAUAGAAUCAGUCUUGCCCUCAGUCAAACACUGUUGGGAAUAGGAUUUCCUUUUUUAUUUUUUUUUAUUUGGGGGAUUAGUCCAAGUACUGAAGAAACAGAUAUGUUUUUAGUUGUCAUUUAAAGACUUUACAGACAUCUAGAAGUGCGUGCCAAAAGUGUUUGGAUGCAUGUCUUUCCUGAUCCCUGAUUGAUGCAAUGAUUAAAUGUAUUAUUUUUAAAUUAAAUGAAAAUAUUAUUAAUUCAGUCUUUACGUUAAUGUGUGUUUAUGUGAAAUUGAAAUAAAAAAAGGUUUACUGUGUAAUAAAGACUUAUUAGAAGGUUAAAAAUCCA